AUGCCUGCUAUUCCUGUCCAGCCCACCCGGGAUGAGCCAAUAAAUCAGCUUGUUACAGGAUUGUCACAAGCCCAAGUCCUCUAUGGGACCGUUACCGGACUGAUCAGUGACGUGCUAGUGCUUUCUUUGAUUUAUAACACAGACGUUCACACCGUGGCAUCUUUGCUGAAGCUGUACUUGAGAGAGCUGCCCGAGCCGGUCAUCCCGUUCUGUAAAUACGAAGAGUUUCUGGCCUGCACCAAACUCCUCAGCAAAGACCAGGAUGCAGGAAUGAAGGAAUUAAGAAGGCAAGUAGAAGGUCUACCUCCGGUAAACUACAAUCUGCUUAAAUACAUAUGCAAGUUUUUGGAUGAAGUUCAGUCCUACUCAGGUGUGAAUAAAAUGAGUGUACAGAAUCUGGCCACGGUCUUUGGGCCAAAUAUUCUAAGGCCAAAGGUUGAGGACCCAGUGACUAUAAUGGAAGGCACAGUACUAGUCCAGCAAUUGAUGGCUGUUCUGAUUGGCCGCCAUGAUGUUAUUUUCCCACCCGAUGAGGACCAUACUAACACUCUGGAACUGGUUAAUAAUAACAAUAAUGAGACGCAGAAACGGCCUACGAAUGGUCAGAUUCAAAACAAAGAGAACAAUAACACCAGUGGGGUGCGACAGUGCACUUGGGACACGCCAGAAUCACCCAGCCGGGCUCCUCUGGACAAUGGCUCUCCUCGUUCAGGCAGCCCACGUAAUGGUUUUACGGGACAGCGAUUCGAGGUGGCCCGCAGUCCGCCGAUCUCCGUGAAAAAGAACCCGGCGUUUAGCAAAGGGAGUGGGAUUGUCACCAAUGGAUCGUUCAGUUCAUCCUCAUCGUCCUCAGGUGAUGCCAAUCGGGAGAAAAUUCUAACCCUACCGAACAUGGGAACCCUUCAUGCCCGUCGGUCGGGUGCGAUUAAAGGUUCAGGCACCAAAAUGGGCGUCCAGAAUGGCAUCGUUCGGAUGGGCGUAUCCAGCGCAGAUGUGACAAAUGGGACUCUAAAUGGACGGAAUGGACUCUGGGUGCCCAACGGUCACGUCACGAUGCGCGAGACUAAAAGUCGAGACGCCGAGCACCAGCAGAACCGCCUGUCUACGUACGACAACGUCCACAUCCAUCAACAGCAGACCACGCAGCCCAGUCUGAGCAGCAGCUGUGAGGACAAACAGAGCGUGGAUAGCGCCACAUGGUCCACCUCGUCUUGCGAGAUCUCUCUACCAGAAAACUCCACUUCUUGCCGCUCGUCCACGACCACGUGCCCAGAGCAGGACUUCUUUGGCAGCAACUUUGAAGAUCCUUUGUUGGACGGGCGGGAGCACAACGGACUGGCGGUGGAUGAUAAGGAGCAGCGGACCAGUAACGGAGGAGGCCAGGGAAGCAGAGGAACCAGCAGCAGUGAUAACAGCGAAACGUUUGCCGUCCCGAAUGGACCGACCAAUCACAGUGCUCUGCACAGCCUGGUGGCCAGUCUCAAACAGGAAAUGCUCAAGCAGAAGAACGAAUAUGAGGCCAGGAUCAAGUGUCUGGAACUUCGGAAUCUAGAGUUGGAAACGGUGAUGGCGAAUCUACACGAAGAGCUUGACCAGGAGAAGAAGAAAUACACCAUGGUGGAGAUCAAGCUGAGAAAUGCAGAGCGAGCCAAGGACGAUGCAGAAAAGAGAAACGAGAUGUUGCAGAAAGAGAUGGAGCAGUUCUUUUCCACCUUCGGAGACCUGACCGCAGACCUGCCACAGCCCGACAGAGCCAACACCAUCUGGAUCCAGUGAGCCGUUAGCGGUCUACCAUUAACAUUCCAUUGUGUGGGCUUGUGUUCAGACAGAACGGGACUAAAUCAACCUUCACGUUUGGUGCAAAGGUUCGACACGACUGAGCGAAGCCCAUUGAGCCAAAUUUUCAGAACUGAACGUGGACCAGUUGUUGGAUUGAACCAGUUGGAUUCAAGAAGAGGGAUGAUGGGACGAUGCAGCUUGGAUGUUAAAAUAAAAGAUGAUUUUCAAACCAAAAGAAGGCAAUUCUGACCUGAGAGCGAAUGAUAAGAGGAACUCUUGACGGUUGAGGUUGAAUGCGAGGGAAUUAAUCAAUUACAUGAAUGAACAUUGAGUUUUAGAUGAUGGGAAACUCCUGAAGGACGACAGAAGCACGAAUGUCACUCCUAUUUCUUCUUGUGAUCCAACCAAAUGUGUCCUUGAGCUGUCAUGCAUCCUCUCGUGUAUAUAAAGGAGAAACAAUGUUCAAAAUUCCACAAUGAAAAACAAAUGUCUGUAUAAACGCAAAUUAAUGUUUAAUGUACGUACUGAUAUUUAAACUGAGAAUUCUCAAUGUGUUACAUAUCGAUUUUAUAUCAAGGCUUUUCCUUGCACUUAAAGCAUAUGAGUUGCUAUGUUGUUUUGCAGUAUGGUACGUUAUGAGAUGUGGCAAAUAUUUUAAUAUCAGUCUUCCCUGUUGCUUUUUUGCAUAAGUUGUCACUGCAAAUAAAACAUUUUCUUCAUCAGUAUUAAAAAUGAAAUUAAGCAUAAAUCUAUAUAUAGAUAUAUAUAUGAAGAAUCAGUUUUUUUGCAGUGCCACAGCGUUCCCCACAUGACCAAAUCCAAGUAGACCUGUAAAUACUUGUGAAAACACUGCAAACGCUCAGCCUGUCUUUGUCAUUUGUGCCUGUCGCACAUCAUUUGCUUGCAGCGGUGCUAGACGGGAAGAAGUGUGUUAAAAUGAAGACCGAGAUGGGGUUUGUUCAUCUGGGGUCAUUUGCCUUGUCGCAGCUGUCCAUGCUUCUACUGUAGCUUGAUGCAUUCAGUGAAAUGCAAUGAAAUUAAAUUAUGUGACCUCAUUUACACUUGUCUUAAAUUGUGUUGUGUCAUUGUAUCAGUCGCUGGGCUCGACCACACAUGGAAUCUGUGGGUGGUCUGAUAUUUACAACCACAUUAAUAAGACUACAG